AUGUUCAAAGACGCUCAUGAGUUUGUCUCACGAUGCGAUGUUUGUCAACGGAAAGGUCAAAUCAGUAAACGGAAUGAGAUGCCACAAACUUCAUUCUUGAAGUUGAAGUGUUUGAUUGCUGGGUGGGUUGAAGCGAUUGCCUGUCCGAAGAAUGAUUUUGCAGUGGUUCUUAAGCUGUUUAAGACCAUCAUCUUCCCUAGGUUUGGAGUGCCUCGAAUUGUUAUAAGUGAUGGAGGUAAACACUUUAUUAAUAAAGUGUUUGACAAGCUGUUGAAAAAGUAUGGAGUUCAACAUAGAGUGGCUACUCCAUAUCACCCUCAGACUAGUGGGCAAGUGGAGGUUUCCAACAAGCAGAUCAAGGAGAUUCUUGAGAAAACAGUUGGUGUUACAAGGAAGGAUUGGGCUAUGAAGCUUGAUGAUGCACUUUGGGCAUAUAGAACUGCUUAUAAACACCACGUGGCACCACACCUUUUCAUCUGCUUUAUGGGAAAGCAUGUCAUCUUCCAGUGGAGUUAG